GCUUCACGUUUCAACCAGAUCAGUACUUUCCGUCAUCUGUUCGUGCUUGCAAGUGUUUUUGUAUUCGUUCAGCUUGGAGCAAAACGAUUCGAACUGAAAUCCUGUGUGCAGCAGCCGGUGUACUACGCAAAAGCUCAGAGUGAAUCAAUUCCCAUCUAGCAUAUUCAUCAAUCUUGGGACAACAGUUAAAGCUCAUACAUAUACCAGCAUGCCAGUACCGGAGCUCCAGAAGCCUGCACCUAAAUUCGCUGGUACCGCCGUUGUAAAUGGCAGCUUUAAAGAGAUCAAAUUAGAAGACUUUGCCGGCAAGUACCUGGUCAUCUUCUUCUAUCCACUGGACUUUACAUUCGUGUGCCCAACUGAGAUCAUUGCCUUCUCCGAUCGGGUAGAUGAGUUUCGCAAACUGGGGUGUGAGGUAAUUGGUGUCUCCACCGAUAGUCAUUUUACUCAUUUGGCCUGGAUUAACACCCCACGUAAGCAAGGGGGUCUCGGAGAACUCAAAAUUCCUCUACUAGCAGACAAAUCGAUGAAAAUUUCGCGCGACUACGGUGUAUUGCAGGAAGAAAGUGGAAUUCCGUUCCGUGGACUGUUCAUCAUCGAUGGUAAGCAGAAUCUUCGUCAGGUAACAGUCAACGAUUUGCCCGUAGGACGCAGCGUAGAUGAAACCAUCCGCCUGGUGCAGGCUUUCCAGUAUACCGAUGAGCACGGUGAGGUCUGCCCGGCCAACUGGAAGCCCGGUUCCAAGACAAUGAUCGCCGAUCCAAAGAAAUCUCAAGAAUAUUUCAACGCAGCGAAUUAAAAGCGACUAGUAUUCAUUAAGAUCAUUACACCGCUGAGAAGCUAUGGCUAGAUAUGUAACUAAAUCAAUAAAAUUGUAUUAGGUUCCUUCAUAUAGAAGCAAGCGUACACACAAAUUAAUAUUACUCAUAUCCAUACAGUAGAGGAAAAGAUGCUCUCUAAAAGAGAUCUCCCGAAUAGCCAGGAGCUAACACUAGCGUGCUUGUGACGAAUUGUUCUGUUUGUCUCAUAGCAACCUAAAAGGAAUGAGAGGAGCAAUAAAAAGUAUUGUUUUCCACACCCUAA